CUAGAAUAAGCAAUUGACUGACUGAACGAAUAAGAGGAGGAGGAGGAGGUUCUGCCCGUUCUCUGGUUUCAGUGACAAUGGCGAAGAAGAUUCUGAUAGCCGUGGCGCUUCUGGCGAUGGUGAUCAUCUGCUGCCACAUCGAAUCGGUGUCAGGCGGCGAGAUGGGAGGCUACGCUAAAAAAGGAAGCAGCUAUUCGAGUUCUUCGACGAGGCAUAGAAUACGCUCUCACCACCACUCCCGAAAAUCUCGGGUAACACCGAAACCGGCGGUAACACCGAAACCGGCAAAUUCUUCGAGAUCUUUGGAUCGGCUCGAGGGUGAUAGAGAUUGGAUGGCGGUUGCUUCGUUUUUUAUGUUCUUAUUGGCCAUGGCUCUGUAUGACUUCCUCUCGAUGCUCUUUGGGACGGAUUCUGUGCUCGUUUUUCAGGUUGCUUUCCAAGGUGCCACUGGCCGAAUUUGCCAAGAUCUCGACUUGAUUUCAGAUACUAUGGACGCAUCCCUACCGGAGUCACACAGUCCCCGUGGCUUACACUUGUUGUUAUCAGAAACUGUUUCUUGCUUGUGCCGUUAUGGUGGGGAGUCUUGUUUCUCUGCCUACCCAAAUGUAAACAAUAAGUGGCGGUUGACGGAAGGUUGGAAGAAAAGUUUUGAUCUUAUGUGUAAUGUGGAGCGGAAGAAACAAGAUGCCCACGUCAAUGUAAAUCAUAGAUAUGUCAUUGUCACAAUUCUGCUUGCUGCUAAUUGCAAGUAUGAGCUGCCUGCCAUCAACUGUUAUUCAGAACUUGAGAGCGCCUUGCGCUCUUUGACAUCUAUCAAAGAUACACAAAUUGAGGCCGUUAAGGUGUUUUGGACUUCUCGAGAUGACAUGGAAGACUUCACAUCUCUGAUACCUAUAUAGAUGAAUUUCACAUAUCCGUCAAUGCAAGGGGAACGCCAUCUUUUUCUCGGAAACAGAGUAUACCCCCAAAUAGACUGUAUAUACUAGGAAUUCUUUUGUUCUGAUGCACAUUCUUUUUUCCAGUUUUGAUCUAUUGUCGUCAAAAACAAAACAAAUCGGAACUUAGUAGAAUAUCAGGGAUUCACAUA